UUUGGACCCCAAAUCUAAUGCGGAAAAAAGGACAAAUCGCAAAACUCAACAUCAAAUCAAGUAAUUGCAAAACCAAGCUACAAAUAAAAGAAUUGUAUGCAAGUUAUAUUUGUAUUCAAUUGAAUUUAAAAACUGUUGUGAUUUAUUGUUGUGUUUUCGUAUUUGUUUAUGAGUUUCCCACUGCAUGAAACUACGAUGGCCAAGAACCACCACUAAUGCAAAAAAAAAAAAAAAAGGAAAAAAAAAGUUACCUACUGUGAAAAUAAAAGGAUACUAAUUAAAAAAGCCACAACGGAAGUGAGCUGCCAGGGACCAGUAAUGAUAAUGCGCCGAUGAUUUACAAUCUAGGCACAGAAGACGACGGCGAGAAGACGAGCAAAGAAGUAAAUGGAAAGGUUAUUGUUGAAUUUUGCUUCGUUUAUUUUUCAAUGUGUCAUUUGGUGAGGCCAUGUAACGCCUGAGUGGUUAUGAAGUUGAACGGAAACUAACACUACACCGGCAUCCUCCAGUUCAACUUCAUAUCGACUCAGGCGCAUUGAAAAGCACACAAAGCAAAAUGAAACAAUAACCUUUCUGCUUAAUUGUUGUUCGUCUUCUCGCCGUCGUCUUCUUUGCCUAGAUUGUAAAUCACUGGUGCAUCAUCAUAAUUGGUCCCCGGCAGCUCACUUUUGUUGUGGCUUUUUUUUUUUUGUAUCCUUUUAUUUUCGCCACUUUUUUGUUGAAUCGUUAACUUCUGUUGUUUUUUUUUUUUUUUUUUUUUGAUUUGCACCAGUUCUUUUUGUUAUUUGCAGCGGGCUUCAGUUUCUUUUUUUUUCUUGCAUCAGAAACUUCUGUUGUGACUUUUUUUUGUAUUCAUUUUUUAUUUGCAGCAGUGGCGGUUCUUGGCCACCGUAUGGGACGAGUUCGGUACAAAAUUGAUCUGGCGUUACAUCCAGGAAACUUGCACUUUUAGUUUGAAAGGACGAAGCGGAAGCUCAGUCCGCUAGCUAAACAUUACUGACAAGUCCGCCUUCUCCGUUUCCUCCUGACUCUGCUGCUUUUCGCUGAGCUACAUCGACCAAGCCAGGCGUACACCGUAUCUACAUGUCAGAUGAUGCACUGAGGGUGUUUUUUUUAGCAAAGACCAGCCGCUAUGCAGUGCUGGUACUCGGUGCAGUGUUAGCAGGAGUGUGUUUGUCCGUAUAGAGUGAGUGUAGCAUUCAUAUCAGGAAGAACAGAGAAGAGCAGACAGACAGACAGGAGGCCACGGUUCCCCCUCACACACAUACAUACAUCACCACGGCCUUGAUGGUGAUGUAUGCAAGGAAACCAACAAGAGUCAGCGAUGGGUAAAUCAAGCACAAACCUCAACAUUUAGAUAAAUUCGCGCAGGGUUGGCCUCUUUCUUUGUGACUGGGGUGUAAAGCUCGCGUGUAUCCGUUAGCUGUGUGGAUGCUAGCAGCUAGCGUUGACAGUCUGCAAUUAGCCGUCGGUAUUUCCUGUAGCUCGCUAGCUAUCGUUAGCUAACUGAGAAGUUAAUAGUUAACCCCCUUGCACACAUCGAGUUUAUUAAUUCGAAGCGUGUAGAAACAAUAUCGGCCAUUUUGUAAAAUUGCAAUUUAGUCGCUAAGGGUGCAAAGUAAGCUAACUGAGCUAACGGCUGAUUAGCGUGAAAAGUGUCACAGUCGUUAUAAACGUUGAAAUCUAACGGCUCUGUUUUGUGUUUGUCUUUGAAGGUGCAACGACAGAAGGGAUUCCCAAUCCUAUCAGGUAUGUACUGAUCGAUCUGUUCACGAUCACCUGUCAUUACUGUCCAAUGAUGUCUGUUAAAGGUCUAUCAAGCACCUUUGACACAAGAUAAGGGAAGCUUGCCGUUAAAACGGUCACAUCUUGACUAACACUGCCCGGCCAUAAAAAAGUCCUACCACUGCGCCAUGUCUUCUCCAGCACACAAAGAUUCUCGUUGGGGUUAAGGUUUGGACCCUGUGGUGGUCAUUCUCUGUGUGAAAAUGAUGUCUCUAGCUCCCUGAACUACUCAUUAACAGUUUGAGCCAGAUGAAUCCAAACAUUAUUAUCUUGGAAUGUGAUAUAAUAUAUCAGGGAAGAAGAAAUCCUGGUCAUUCAGUAUAUUCAGGGAGUCAGUGGACCUCAUUCUUUGGGCACAACUUCACUGCCCCCACAGGCUUGUAAAGUAAACACUAGACAUGAUGGGUGCAUCACUUGAUCCACCUCUCUUCUUUCCCUGAUACGCCCACCAGUCUUGAACUGGGUAAAUCUGCACUCAUCAGACUACAUGACCUUCUUCCAGGGUCCGAUCUUUAUGCUUCCUAGCACUCUGAAGCAUAAUCACCCAUGUAGUAACUUAACAAAGGGAGGCCCUUUAUCUGUUUGCUUAGUUUAAUCCACUUGGUGACUUUUUUUUUCAGCCAGGCAGUGUAUCUUACACGGGGAAGGUAGCAUCUUUGUUGCAGCAUCCGACUCAGCUGCUGUGAGGAAAGUAAUGGAAACAAGAUUUUGAUCCUAAACCGCAAUAUGCAGACUUUCCAUAUUUGUCUCGAAUUGUUCUUGAGAGGUUGCUAACUCUUUGAAUCCAGUGUCUGAUUAACGGCUGAUGGAAGAAAGGGUGAUCUGUCUGGCCUGUAGAAAUCACCAUUUUUAAUAACUGUGUUUGAAGAAGAUCCCACAGGGCAGAUCUAAGAGGUAAAGGUAUUUUCAUUAUGGGUUAGGACCCACUCUUAUGCUAUUCAGACUGAGUCAAAGCAGUGAAAUCGCCUGAUUUUGUAUUUCAACAGAGUGCAAAGUCACAGACUUGAAAUUGUGUUUUAAAAAGUCCAGACCAACUAGAGAAAGCGUGGGAACAGAAUAAAAGUCUUUUAAAUCCAAAAUAGUGUUAAAAAAAGAGUCUGGAACCUCUCUAACAUAAUUUAGGUCAGAUCUUGAGAAGUGAAGGUAUUGUGGUUCUGGAUCAGAACCUGAUAUCACGUAGUCUUGAGAGAGAAAAUAAAAAAAACGUGAUAUCUCAGUUUCUUAAAUUUUCACACUAAGAUUGAGGUUUUAGGGCACUUUGUGUCCAGAGGUCUGUAGACUCUCUUUGAUAAUCUGAUCUAAAUCUCAGAAGUAUAUCUAUGAAAAAGGUUCACUUUUGACCUUAAAUUCAUGCUGUGCUGAUGUGCAUUAGACUCGUCACCACUAGGGUUGAAGCGGUACCAGUAAAAAGACAUUGAUAUUCAGCACCUGUUUUGAAGACCACUGACACAUGAAAUGAACUCCUGGACUUCUAAAGUGGUUUUGCUCGUUAAUUUCACACAAAGCUGGAAGUCUAACCAACUUUUGACUGACUAAAAUUAGUGAAAGCAAAAUAGAUUUUUACUAACAUUAUUCUACGAAAUAAACAAAAUAUAUGUAGAGCGCAUAAUCCAGAAACACAGUCAUGUAAUAAACUUCAGCCAUCGUACAGUGGUGAGCCUCUCAGAGGUCUGCAAGUUGAGACAAAUAGAAAGUGCAAAGAAACCAGGUGAUAUCACUGUCCCUCCCUGCAUGACUGCUCAAGGCCUCAGAAGUUCUGUUUGCCAGUCCAUGAAUGAGGAGAGUGAGUCGUCGUGGCUGUGAUGUUCAGCACAGCAGAGACACACACACACACAGCAGACGGAUGCAACUUCAGCUGCAAAUAAACCAGAUCCAGCGUCUUUCUGCGUGUUUCUGCGGAGGUGUUGACGCAUUUAGAAGCUCUUAAGACCUUAACCACAGUGAAACGACCAAAAAAGAACUGCUCAAUUUUUAGUUUUGUGGUAUUAUUUACUAGUGUUGUGCCAAGGUAGAUAUCCCUGAAACGAAGCGUGUCCAUAACCUAAGCUAAGCUAACCUUACCCUGAUCUAAACCCUGAAUGAUGGAUGAAACAACACACAUGAUCUCAGGGACACACUGUGUCAGGGAUAUGUACCUUGGUGCUACACUGUCCCACUCUCUCUCUUCACUUGAUGCCUACACUGCUCGCUCUCUCGUUUUAAUUUUGUUGGCAGCUGCCUCUGGUUGAAAAUGAGAGAGUAGAAGUUUUAAUUUUCACAAGCUUCAAUGCUUUUCAAUAGUCUCCAACCAAAACAACAGAUGUGACUUAAAGCCACUCGUCUCUGUGUUGUGGGUUAUUAGCAAGGUUAUUUACUUUGUUGAGCAUCACUAACUGACUGCGCUAAAUCAGUGAAGCCUGUAUUAGCCUCUAUUUAAAAAGUUCAGUUUACUUUUAGUAGCAAAUAGAAAAUGACUACAAUGUAAGCUGAGAUGCAUCUCAACCAGUAUUUGUGCCAUUCUUUAUCUGAUCCAGACCCAUAAAUCUCAGCCAAAGAGCCAGUCCGGCAGCCUUCACCGUUAUGACAAGGUGCGUGAUGGCUCCUCCGACCCCACACCCCCUUACAAGAUGCUGCGGCGCUCGGACGAAAGUCCUGUCAGCAGGCAUGGAGACGGAGCAGGACACGGCAAGGCAAAAACCUCUCACACAGUCCGAGGUAAAAAUGGUAAGUCCAGAUGUGGUGGACAUGAGAUGUUUGUGGUUUCAGGUCGAUGAAAAUGUCUUCUGAUACAUGUCCAUGAGUCUGAGGUCACAGAGAGAUGGUGUGUUUGGUUCUUAACACUCUUCGUGGACAUUUUGCUCUAAAUUCACUCCAGGGAGAGUUAACUGAAAAUCCAAGAAAUCCAAAUCUUAACCUUUAAGCUGUCGUAGGACCUGAAUCAUGUUUUCAAUUAUUUUAUCAUCUGCCAUCUGAUCAUAGUGGAAUCAGUACAUCUUCCCUAUUAAAAUGUUUGUACUUUGGGCUGAAAAUGAUCACACAUGGAUGCUGUUUCAGUGUCACUGAGGAUCUAGUCCCCUGCAGAUCCCAGUGUACAUCCUGUCUCUUGAUAGAUGUCUUUGUUGCAGGGACCAGCGGCUCUCCUCAGGAGAACUCUCACAACAACAGCUCCCACCACGGCUCAGAAUCACAUGCGACUCAGAGCAAGCCUGCAGACAGGGUAAGAUGUCCACCGUUAUCUGAUGAUAUCCCCUCAGGACUCCCUGUAGAAAUUGCUGUCACGCUUCUUUGGAACAUGGUAUGUGGGGAAUAAUGCAGCGGCAUCUCUCCCUCUCUGUGUGCAGACAUUUUUAUUUUUCACGACAACAAGAUCGAGUUGAAACGUCAUAUUUUUCCAGUAAGCUUUCUGUAAAGAUUGGACGGUCUGAUUAGAUUCUAAACUCAUAAAAGAUAUCAAACAAUUGUUCACUACCACUUUGAUAAGAGUGUAAGAGUUUGAAAAACUCGACAGAGAAAACAUUUGUUAUAUUUGCAAGUGAACGACAGAGAAUGAAGCUGAAAUGAGACUGAUGAAGCUUUUUCUAAAUCAACGUGAGAAAUACAAAGUUGAACAUGCUACAGCAAGCAGGAGGUGUUGAUUUGUGACAGUAACUAAAAUAUGAUAAACAACAGUGGUUGAUCAUGUGAAGUGUUGUUGUGCAGACACAGGAUAGUAAUGCAAGUGACUAAUAUCCUUGCUGACUGCAUAGUUUACACUGAUAUUUGCUGCUGACUAGAAUUAGCAAUCCCCUUUUAAACAUUGUUCAGUCAUUUUUUCUCUCCUCAUGUGUAACAUUAUUCCAGAUAACUUUAUAAUAUCCUGAUCAUGAUGUCAUUUAGACCAAGGGUGUGUGAUUUUAUGUGAGUAAAUAUUAAAAUGAAAAAAAAAAAAAAAACACUAACAUACUUGUAGCCAAAAGUUGGGUGGGUGAUGGACCAAAAAACAUGAAACGAAGGCAGGAAAAAAGUCUGCAACACCAGAACAAGUUCCAAUGCAAAAAGAUUUAUUAAAGUAACAUGACGUUUUGAGCACGCUGGCUCUUCCUCGGAUAUGUGGCGUAAACUCCACACAUCUUGGCUUUCCUCAUGUGAAUUAUAUCAAAUAACUACAUCCCAAUUGUUGAGUAUCUUACAAACUGUAACACGAAUGUUUAAACCUACCUGCCUGCAAUCUUCAGAGUUUCACUCUUCUCCCUCUGUCGUGAACUCCUUCUCUCACUGCAGAUAAUACACAAGAUAGAAGAGGGCAACAGUAGUGAGAAAAAAAGGAUCCCAGGCAUGUUAACCUGCAUUCAAAGGGACUGUUGUGAUCACUCGUGAUCAGAGUUUCCUGCUGAAAUUUCAAAUUAACAUGAAAACCCGUGCACCUUCAUUUGACAACAUUACAUGACGAUGACAAAGUGCUCUCUGUGUCACACGCAGCAGAGCACAUCAUCACAUACUGAAAGGGAUAAUGUUGAAUAAAACUGUGGUGUAGAUCUGAAGCCUGGAUGUACAUGGUGUUUCAGGCCAUGUACACAUGUAGCCAGGUAUUUGCUGAAAUGGAUAUAUUUUUCUACGAUUGGGCCUGUCAUCCACACGAAGCUGCAUGAAUAAGUCAUUAAAAACAGUGCACAUGGAAAACUCAAGCCAAAGUGAAGAUUUUGGAAAACUCUGGUUUUGCGUUAGUGUGUAGACAGAGAUAACCAGAGUUUUAAAUUCCCAAACUUCUGUGUCCACUUCAACUAAUAGAUAAACGUCAUGUACUAUGCACCCUUGUUUAUGUCAGGUGGUGGAUGGCACAGAAAUGUACCGAAUAUAUAUUUUAUUUAUUCUACACCAAAUAACCCUUCCUCCACUUUCCUUGUGUCUUGUUGACUAAAUACUCUAAAACGAUGCUCAAAAGUAAUUCCACCUCUUUGUCGGUCCACAUGAAUGAACGGCACAGCGCUUUGUUUCUUGUUUGGAGACGUGACGACGAGAAAGGGAAGCUUGCUCUGAUUGGAUAGAAAGGGUCUUACUUUUUGGCAAAUACUACCAACUCCAGGUCUGGCAUGCCUAUAAUUGCAGUCAAAAGCACAGUUAUGCGGUUUUGUGUGGAUGUGACUUUUUUUUUUUUUUUUUUAAAUGGAGUGGUUAGAUAUUGGUUUAUAAAAAUACCGGACUACGUGUGUACAAGAUCUCAGUUCUGUUAAGUGAAAUGAUGGCGCUGCAGCCUGGAGUCUCUGAUCGGAGUGAAACAGAACAAGAGAAGAUCAAUGUUUUUAUCAGACAUAUCCAGCUGAUGUCUCAUAACUCAAAUAGGAGGAGGUGGAGUUGUAUAUCAUGUUUUUAUCAGGGUGUGACAUAAAUACAAGAGACAGAUCACACCAGAGACAGAGCAUGACAGACAAAGAUAGGAGUCAUAUCUGAUCAUCACCUCCCUUUAAACAUGGAACAAGAGGAAAAACUGAAUCACUCGUGUUAGGGCUGUGACAGAUAGUGUUGAGGCAGUACGUCUGGUUACCUUAUAAAAGCCAACCACCAGUGAUAUAUCAGAAUUUCCAGAGUAUUGUUACUACACUAUAGUUAAUCAUUUAAAAUAGCUUAAAAUCAACACACUUCCUCAAUCACUCUGCAUCUGGUAAGAUGUCUUCAUGAAAAAGAUAAGUGGUUAUUUAAAAGAAGUCUUUGUCCUGGAAAAAAAGAAGAGUUUAUUCAUAGGGCUCACCAGAAUCAACACGACAUGAAAACCCCUGACCGCCUUUAACGCAAACAUCUCCUCCUCUCUCUCUCUUUGAAUGGUCCAACAUUAAUGCUUUGUUUGAGUCAGUCUUUGCUGCAGCAGCCGGAGGCAUUAGUGAUGUGAUAGAUAGACUGUUAUGAGCUGAUGGACUGGUUCACUUAUAUAGGUCAUAUAGCAGCAUUGGUAUUAGAUUAAGACUGUUACAUAACCGCUUAAGAACUCCACAUAGUAAUUCUAAAUUAGUCUGAGUUGAACUUUUUACCCCAUCACAAAAAGUCAGCCGUCAGCUGACAUCUCAAUGAGUCGUUUUGUCUGACUGAAGAGUGUCUUGUGAAAUCCCUGACCCCUCAUGGCAUGUCUCUAUUGGCACCAGGACCCAGCUGAUGACUGGACAGAACACAUCAGCUCCUCUGGGAAGAAGUAUUACUACAACUGUAGAACCGAAGUCUCCCAGUGGGAGAAGCCUAAAGACCUGUUGGAAAGGUAGGCACUCUUAAAUGAAGCAUAAACAAAGUUUGUCUUUUGCUGAGUCAUACAUUAUAAAGUCAAGCUGCGCUCUGGUCUUACCGGAAAUCACCAGCUCAGGCUGCAGGGUUAACAUGCGGCCUGCAUCCUGCACAUUUUUAAUGGUUGCUAUUUGUUUAUUCUGCCUCAGGGAACAACGACAGAAAGACUCAGUCAAGAUGGCAGCGAACAGUUUUCCCAGGGACAUGGACUACAGACAAGAGGCCUUGCAGGACAAAGCCACGACAAGUACGUCUGGUGAAUUUAGAAAAGCAAAGCAGUCUGCUUCUAUUAUUUGCAUCAUGUUCACCAACUUUUUGAUCAGAUUCUUUUUAUCACUUAGUGAAUAACCAUUCAAUCUACAGAGAAAUCUCUUGAUUAUAUUCAGCUACAUCUGUCCUUAAGACAGAAUGAACCUAAAGAAAGAAUGCUAAAUGCUGCUCUCUAAAGAGGUUCUUUUUUCUGCUCUUCUUCCUUUUCAUCAGAGACCACAUCAGCAGACCAGUCCGCUGCAUCCAACUCUGGCCAUUCCUCCUCCUCCUCUUCUUCUCAGAGCCUGAACUCUGCUCCAGGUGCUCUAAGUUCCACCCCUUCCACCAUGUCCUCCACCUCUUCCUCCUCCUCUACGGGGCAAAUGCCCCAGUCUAUCCAGUCCCCGUCACCGGCGCUGCUGCAGGACCCGGCUCUUUUGCAUCAGCUCCUCCCCGCGCUGCAGGCGACUCUGCAGAUGAAUAACGGCAGUAUGGACAUGGCCAAACUCAAUGAAGGUGAGAGGACAGAAGACACUUUCCUGUAUGACUGUUGGGGGUAGGGAUCCACGGCCAGGUCCAUUAGGUACCUGGUAAGGCAUUUUUCAAAACCAGCAAAUCAACAAUGUUUGAGCUGGAGGUGUGUAGGGAUGCGUAUGACCUGGAGAUCAGUGUGAUAAAUGUAUGUAAAGUUGUGUCCAUGUCAACUUUGUUCAUGUGCAGAUUAUCAUGUAGCUGUGUGUCUCGAAAUAUGAAAACAGUCAGCUGCUCCUGUGUAUCAGGGUAGUAAUCAUUUUGGGUUGUUGGUUUGUUUUCUUCCUCUGCUUUUUCCUUGCCCUCUCUGUCGCCCUGUAACUGAAACUGAACCAGGUCUUAACCAGGUUUUCAUCAACUACACACAGAAGUAUAAGGGUCUUUGGAUGUCUUUGUUUUUGUCAGAGCUGAGAUUGGAUACAGAUGAUCUCUCAGCCACAGGAACCACAGGUAUUUAAGUUUAAGAGGGACCCUGUCAGCCGGGGACUCAGCCUAAUUUAUCUCUUUCUAAUGCCCCUAGUUUUUUGUACCUGAUGAGUAAAUUUUGACAUUACUGAACGCUAAAGAAAGAUGAAUUUGUUAUUGACAAAUGCAGCGGAAUGCAGCUUGCAUUUUUAAUGACCUUGGGUGCAAGUGAUUCUGUCGUUGCCCUAGUCACUUUUUAUUGACUCUCAUGGUGAGGAGCUGUUGCAGAGUUUGUCACUAUGUCAUUUUAAGAGUGAAGUAGAUCACUCACUGUGAGCGUGUGCUGUGGAAAUAGUCGAAAUUAGGCACGUGCCGAUAUGAAAAAUUUGAUAUCACGAUAUUGGUGGCCCAAAAUAUCACGAUUCACGAUGUUAUCACGAUAUUAGCGCGUUGCUUUUAACGUUAUUAAAAAUGGCAAAAAACUGAAAUCACUUCUCUGUGCACAGCAUGACACACACAAACAAUAUGAGCAAGAGGCAGCUAACGCGACGUUGGGAGCAUUAGCUUUUUGGAGCUAAAGUUAGCAGAAACAUCACUAACGUUGUCAAUAAUAAGCAGUAGAGUAGACCAAACUUGUUGCGGUCAUGUUGUUUUUACCUUGAUUUGGGCAAACGGUGCUGUAUGGUGUUCACCGAGGUGGGCACGUAGGUUUGAAGUGUUAGACAACGGCGCUGCAACUUCCUUACGGCAUAACCUGCAGAUUGGUGUCAGGUUUACCUGCUCCGUCUGUUUUGUGAAGCCGUAAAAUGUCUAUACUGCCGACGAAACCUUUUUAAUAGGACACAGCCGAGGCGUUUCGUCAUUCUCAGUCUCCGACUGGUCCGGUGUUAUGCCGUAGAAUGCACCCCUGCUGUUUAAUGCCCCCCUGACGGGAGCGCGGUUGAAAGUACAUAAGGCGAAAUAAUCCAAGUUUUCCUAACCGUUGGACGGAUUCAAAAGCGUGUACCUUUAAUGAUUUCAUUCAGACUCUUCAGAUAAGCCGAAAACAAAAGUCCUCUUCUUCGGAAUAUUUGCUGUCCCGAAAAUAUAAUGCUCACCUUCCUCGACAGCUUACUGUACAGUUUAUGUACCCAAGUACAUCUCUAUAUGUGCAUUUUUGGGACACAUAAAAACAGAACGAAACUUUGCUGCUCCAUUUGACAUGUUGUCAUGAUCCAUUACUCGUGUUUUUUAAAAUAUCAGAUCAUAUCUCCUCUACUUUAAGAAGCUAAUGAGCGGAUGGGAUGUAUCGUGGACAUGCUCCAACAGUGCUUUGGAUGGCCGCAAUGCAUUGUGGGUGGCCACGCAUUUUGUUGUAAAAUUUCUUCAUUUUCUCUUUUAGUGUUCCCGUUUUUGUUAGACUGGCAUUAAUGGACUUAAUUCAAAAUUUUGUUUUGGAUUUGGGACUACUUUUGUGGUGGUUUGUUUGUACAUUUUGCUAUCGAGGCUUUGACACCGUGGGUAAGACUACAAGCAGGUUAGGUUGGUAAGUACUCGGCUUCGCACGUCUCCGCUGAGGCUGCCACUUGUCUUUAAAUUAUAAUUGUGGAGUGAUUAUUACAGUACCCUACGAUUUCAUCAUUGCGGCUGUUUUAAUAUCGCAUAUCGCGAUUAAAUGGUAUACCGGCACAUCCCUAGUAGUAAUAGGCUUUUUUUUUUUUUGGCCUGCUUUCAAUCCUCCGGCCUUAAACCCCCUCACAGCAGUUUGAAGCAUUAAAAAUGAUUACAGUGACAUACUCAGCCUUCUUGCUGAUAGUCUCAGCUGAUCUUGAUGGUCAUAAAGAAGCAUUAGUCGCAGUUUCAGUCUGUCUCUAAACUCCUCAUGAUGCCUUUUAGUAUAACCUUGUGUGCAUUAAGAGAUCCUGUAUAAAACGCAUACAAUGAGUGUGACUAGUUUGGAGUGGAUCUUCUACAUAGUGUGGCAAAAGAGUGUUGUCUGGAAACGAUACAGGGCCGUAGAAAAGAUUUGAAAGUUUAUGUUCUGUCAUAUUCAGAGAUUAGGGACUGAUGUUUUGAUCAGAGUGGAUACUGAUAAAUAAAAACUUGUACACAAAGUUAGAUUGUAGUAUGAGUUCUCUGAAGCCUCAUGGUGGCUAAGCUAGAACGUUUUUGAAAACAUCUUUAAGAGUAAAGGUCCUUUCACACCAAGAUCAUUUUUUUUCGUGCGAUUAUUUAGGACGUCAAUUUUUUUUUUCGAACUCGUAUCCUGUCAAUACAAGCGUUCACAUCAACGACGUUUUCCCGUCUUGCUUUAUUUAUUUUUUCGUAUCACGGUCGAUUUUUCUAAAGAUUCGCCUACUGUGUGUCCACUUCUGACCAAUCAGAUUGCAUGUUGUUGCGACGUCUGAUUCACCGGUAUAUCCAACAUGGCUGACCGGCUAAUUGUUUAAAUGUUGAAGAACAGAGUGCUUUUUGAUAAAAGACACAAAUAUUACAAAGAUAACGACCUGAAGGACAACUUGUGGAGAGUCAUAGCGUUGGAUUUCUCAUAUGACAAAGUUUUGUGUGCUUUAUCAGUUUGCCAAACGUCUUUGUUUUAACUUUCAUCUGUGCUAAAUAACUUUAGCUCGUAAGCUAACCUGUUCAGAUACAACAUACCAUAUGUAUUUUCACUGUCUCAAACUCAAUUGUGUUGCUACCACAGCACCAUUAGGUCUCGGUUGUUACCUUACAUUUAUGGAUUAUAGUUUAAUGUAUUUAUCUGGUUCUGGCCCUGACUCAGUACAUGCUAUCAUGACAGACAGCCAUCUCAACACUAGUGUCUAAUCAGAACUGAAAAACAGUCAGUCUGGCGUUGUGUCAGUCUUCUCGCUUCCACCCGGGAAAGUCACAAAAUUGCAUCGGGCUUGAUGUGUAUAGUCAGGCGUAGUGCUGGGCGAUAUGGAAAAAAAUGUAUAUCACGGUAACGAUAUAUAUCGAUAUAUGAACCUACAGAUGAACCUACCUACCUUUGUGCCUACAGCAGCUUGUGACAGAUUUACUUUUGAUUCAGUUUACUGAGUGAAAAGACUCAAGAGAUGAGGAUUUUUUUGUUUUCCUGUGAUAAGCUUUUUUUUCACAACAACUGGUCGAUUUUUUCUUUAGACAGGUGUAAUGUCUGUCUUAUUCUCAGGUCAGUAUUGUAGCUCAUGUUCAUGCUGGUGGUUGGUAGAGUUCCUUCUGUAUAACACAGAAUGUCCUCCAGCCUUAAUCUGUGUAUUUAGAUAGUGUUAUUUUUUGUGCGACUGUGUCCUGCUGUUCUAACCGAGGUGACAUGACAUUUACAUGACCUAUGUGAAAAUAUCAAUCUGUCCUCUGAUGUUAACUUGACUGUGUUUUCUGACCUAACCAUGCGUGUGUCUGUGCCACUGACCUGUUGUGUGUCUUUGCUAACCCACCUGUGUAUCCCUGUGUGUGUUUGUGUGUGUCUGUUUCCUCUUUCCUCCCUCCAGUCUUGGCGGCUGCUGUCACCCAAGCUUCCUUGCGGUCUGUGCUUCAUAAGCUCCUCACUGCUGGACCUGCUUUCAACGUCACUGCUCUGCUCUCAGCUGCUCAGCACUCCAACCAAGGUAUGGCCUCCUCGCUGUUUCUCACCGUCCGCUGCAAACUUGAAAUCUCCAUGUUUUUCUCUGAGGAUCCCCUCCCUCCUAUCCCUGCAGUUUAGAUAAUGUAAGGCCUACAGUUUUGUCAGUGACCUUUAGUUAGCAGUCUACAGUAUGUCACUUCAGAGCAUGUUAAGUUAACUCUACCUACAGUGUAAAAAAUGUUCGAAAAGUUCUCAAGUUCAAAACUCAGAUUGUGCAGCAAAUCCAGAUGUUUAUCAUGAGGCAAACUUUGAUCCUGUUCUUGGCUUUAGAGGCGAUAAAUUGUUGUACUUAAAAGGGAUGCAAACUAGGGAGGUUACCGAGCUCAAGAUGCCAUUCAGAUACCGGCUUCUAAGGAAAGCGGUGAGCUGCUGCAGUACGGGUUGUGUAAAUGAAAGCUAGGGCAUGGGAGGGCUGUAGCUGGAUUGGCGUAGCAACACAGAGCUUGGUAAAAGUGUAGCAAGCACUAAAUGAAUCCUCCAUGAAGUGAGUGAGGAGCGCUGUCUAAUGCCAGCUGUGUGUACUAGGGUUGACCGAUAUGGAUUUUUGGGGGCUGAUACCGAUUAUUAGGGGGGGGUCUGAUUAUCAGAUUUGAAGUUAUAAAAAAUAUAUAUACUGUAGAUAUCUACAGUAUACUAUACACUGUAGAUAUACUGUAGGCUACUGCCCCCCCCCCCGAUCCGGUCUCAUCUGGAGACAUGCAGCUGCCUCAGUAAGAGAAGUAGCUCGAUCACGUAAUGUGUACUGUUGUUUAUUCUACUGUGUUUCCAGAGAUGGCAGUAGUGGUAGAAAAAUACAACACGACCAACUCAAUGAUGAGCCAUCAUGCCAAAGAACAGCCACGACAAGAUCACAGCCAAAACAGAGACGACAUCGCUGUCAGCUGUGGACACAGAAAACUUCCCAGUGACAUUUAGCAAGCAUGAAAAGUUAGACAAAGUUCAUGGGGUGAUCAGUCUGGAUGAGAAAUGUCAGGUGCCUGGUUGAACGCCUGUAAUCCAGGUUAAAUUGAAUUAUUUUCAGGCAACCCUCUGAUUGAAACUUUAUGAGAGUCUGUCUUCUACCUCAGACAUCUGGAGCUCUGUUGUUUGUUACUCCUGAAAGGAGUCACUCACCAAUGUGCAGAGAGACGUCCACAGCUCACACUGUGACCAUUCAGACUAUUAUCAAGGAAAUGAUUUACCAGCUGAUACAAGCUCAUGUCAGAUUGUUUGCACUAGUUUGUGACGUGAUUGUGACUAAAUGCUGAUUGUUAGAUUUUCUCAUUUACUACACUUUUUUUUCUUCUUUUUUUCGCUUACUUAGAAAAUAGAUAAAUAAAUAACCUUAGUGGUGAAUAGGAAUGUUUGUGGGCAGUAGGCCACAUGGGAACACAUAAACAGAGAUUUCAUGGACUAGCUGAGCUGGCACACCAGUAUCUCUACAUGCCAGUAACAUUGGUGUCUUGUCUGAAAGCUAAAUUAAUAGCAUGCCUCUAGUACUGUUCACUGGUCAUGAAGACUAUUAAAAGGAGUCAAAUAAACCACAGUGGUCCUCUAUUUGGUCCUAUAUUAGUGAUGUCAAUUAAUGUCAACAUUUCUGUCAUCUUGAGGGGCUCACAGGGUGUUGUUUUGGCAGAAUAGACUUUGCAUGAGGAAGUUUGUGUGAAUUUUAAACACUAACAGGCUCUUCUGGCCUUUUUUCACAUUGUGGUAUAUUGUCUCAAGUUUAUCAUUUUCACCGGCACAAAUUUAAUCUACAGGAUACUUUUAUCAGCUAGCACUAUGUCCAAUCCCGUACACUAACUCUUAUAUUAGUAUUUUCUUUUACUUUUGUUUUGUUUGUUUUUGUUUACUUUUGCUUUACUAAACACACGGACGCCUGUUUUGAUCUGACAGCAUGGAGAUCACUACAGGACUUGGGUUUUUAAGGGAAAUGUUCUUUUGAUAAAUUAAAAAAGUCAGUUAAUAAUAUCAGAAGCCAAACAUCCUAACAAUCCUCUUGUCUUCUUGUUUCAGCCCAGCACUCCAGUCAGUCUCCCGUCUCUCUGACAUCAGAUGCAUCAUCACCUCGGCCGUACGUCUCGCCACGCAACGGCACGCCACAAAGCAACCAGAAACCCCUUAUGGGUGUGCACCAAGGCAGCAUUACAUCCUCCCAAACAAGAGUGAGUCUAACCAGAACCUAAAGUAACAAAUAUCAGUUCAUCUUCCAGAGUGAGGGAUUACUUUUGACUCGUGACUCACAGACGACCUCUCUCUGCUCAGUCAAGACUGCCAUCGUGUGCAGCAUCUCGUAUUGUUGCUUUUUUAAUUUCUUUUUUGUCUGUGCAUCCCUCUUUAGGGCAGUAUGUCUUCAGGUAAACAAGGAUCCGUACCCUUGUCUCAGAUUGGAGAGAAGCGCCCAGAAGACCCCAGAACUCUCCAGCAGAGGAGGUAGAAAGAUUAAGUCAUCUGUUUAACAAGCCAGUUUGACUUUGUUUGGAUGGUUUUUAUGUGCAAGAAAAACCAAUUUGCAGAGAAGUUUGUUAACAAAUAUGAAGAUGAAUUACUGCUGUUAAAAUCCACACUCUUCCUUACUUCAUUAUGCAGCUACCUGACCUAAAACUACAAAUAUUAUUUCCAUCAAACAUUCAAAGUGCCUGUAAAGACGCAAUAAUCAGCAGUAACUGUGUCUAAUGUGCAAAAACUUGAGGGAAUCUGCAGCCACAUUUUGAUCCAGUAAGUUUUCUCAUUCCAGCAGCCAGGAGAUCCUCUGCACGGGAUCAAACCUGCCUGGUGCUGCUUUGCCCCACAUCCUCUCCAGCAGCACCAGCCAGCCCCCAGCUGACACCCCCGGCUCCUUCACCCCCACCCUGGCAGCUCAUUUUAAUGAGAACCUCAUCAGACAUAUCCAAGGAUGGCCUUCAGAGAACACUGAAAAACAGGUACAGUGGCACCUGUUACAGAGCCAUGAGGGGGUUCUCGGGGGUCUUCUCGUGACUUUUCCCUGUAGAUCAUAACGGAGAGUGCUCUGUCUGUUUUUAAAGGCAUUUUAUAAGCAGGCUGUCCAUCUUCCUCAACCCAAUCUCCAUAAUUCUUCCUCCUCUUUGAUCUGUAUACACCUUUAUCUCCAUUCUAUAAAACCUAAGGAGCUCUAUUGUGCUGCUCUGAGAUGUUGUCUGUCAUGCUUGUUUACAUCCAGAAAGUUGUCAACAAAUGGAGUCACAGCUCUAUCUAGUCUAUCUCUAUCUAACUCAGACACAACAUAUUCUAAUUUCUUGAAGCCUCCACAGGGAAUCAACUCAUUAAAGUAACCAGUAAUUCUGGUGUUUAGUGAGCGAGAAUUUCUGUGUUUGACCGGGGGGGAAGAUGUCUAAUCUUGAAGUCGAUCCUCAGUAAUAAUCAUUCUCUAGAAGAUAACACUAAAUUUAUUUCUACCACAGGAUCUUUGAAGGUUAAAUUAUAAUUUGAUUCAGCCAUGGAGUUUGUGAUUGAUAAGAUAUGUCAGCAAAGGGCGAGUUUUACUAAAUGCACUCGAUUUUAUUUAAUCACAAAAAAAGAAAUAUGAUAUACGUAUAAUUUCUGAAAAUGUACUUUUUUUAACCUUGGAUUGGAUCAGAUUGGAGGAUAGAAAAGAAGCAGGGAGAAAGAGUGAAAGGUGACAUUGUGUACACGGCUGUGGGUUGGUAUCAAACCUGCUCUGAGAACUAUAGCGCAAGUGCACGGGGUUCAAGAUCUAACCACUGAGCUAAAUUUGCACUCAACGGUUCAUCUAAACAACACGGGAAUUUUCCUGAAUAUUAAAUCAGGAAAAAGAAAAGAAAAAGUUUGAAACCACUGUGUUUAAGUAUGCUGUCAGAAGCAUGUAGUUGUUGUGUUUUUGAAUGUACCGUUUAGAUCUGUUGUUUGUUUUUUCCCCAGGCGGCUCGGUUGCAUGAGGACAUUCACAACAUGGGCAGUUUGUACAUGUCCGAGAUCUGCACGGAGAUGAAAAACCUCCGCUCCCUGGUCAGAGUGUGUGAAAUCCAGGCCACACUGAGGGAACAGAGGUGAGGAACAUGUUAUAAGAACACAGAGAAUCACAAUCCUGAAUGAAAACAUAAAAUUUACAGAUUUUUCCUUUAUGCGCAGAAUCCUGUUUCUGAGGCAGCAGAGCAAAGAGCUGGACAAGCUGAAGAACCAGAACUCCUACAUGGUGUGAGGAGCAGACCAGAGGGAAAAAAGAGGACUGGGAUGGAUGGAUAAAAAUGACGACAUAAAAAGAGGAAUAGACAUGGACAGCAAGCCUGUUUAUUCUCCAUACAAGAGCAACUGAAGAGAGCUGUCAGAAACCAAUCAGACAGCAGCUGACACGGUGGAGCUCCAUCAUCCUGAACAUGUCUUUUUUUUUUUUUUUUCGUACUUUUUUUUAAGAAUCUGUUUUCCCGGUGUCCACCACACAAACAUGUCUGGGACACUUUACCUGGUGGACACAGAGGACCUGAGGCUCUUUUGAGACAGCACCUUCUCGGACUGUGAACCUUGGAUUGUGUGUAUCGUUUUGGGUUAACUUGUUUUUCUGGUGUGUUAUUUGAUGUGUAGUGGUCAGGAACAGAUUAAGAAUUAUCUUUGGGAAAAUCAACUAAAACAAAAAGCAUCUCAUAAAGGAUCGGUGUGACGCAGUCGCUUGGCAGGUGGGGGCAUCAGAACAAACUCUUGGCUCUCCGGUCUUCUGAAAUGGACUUUGUCAUGCAUUGAAAUGUAUGGUUCAAUGGCAGUGAUGUUACUAAUGUUAUUUUUUAUUCACUAUAUUUGUCAGUGGUUUUUCCAGACCGGCGUGUCUUCGAGCUGGUUGGUUUUACAUGUCAAGAGAUUAGCGAAGACCUUCGGCCAGAACUUUGUGAACAUACUUAAAUGUGCUUCAGUUCUUUCGUUCCAGCUGAUGAGAACCUGCGUUAUGGAUCCAGUGGUACAAAGUCACUGGUGCGUUUGUGGCUAGUACACACUCCAGAUGUUUUCAAAGCCAUUUGAAAAAUAGUAUUGGACCUAGAUUGGCUGCUAGUGCAUAUGAGGUUAUAAUCAUUUGUAGCCCUGCUGGCCGUUCUCUCUUUCUCUUUUUCCCUUCUGCUAUUUGUCUCUUUUCUUUGUAUGAUUGUCAACUUUUGUUUCUAUCCCAGCUCUGAUUUGGGAAAUAUUUCAUUCCUUUUGUGCAGCUUAGCAAGAGAUUGUUUAAAAGAGUAGAAAAGUGGCUGAACUCCCAGUCAUUUAAGCUAAAUUAUUGUUGCACAUGAUUACGUCCUCAUAGUCGUAAUGGGGAAAAAAAAAAAAUCGGUGGAAAGACGAUUUAUUUUUACAGUAAGGAGAGCAAUGUUUAGUUCGUCGAUUGUGUUCAGCUGUCAUGGCCCUUUUAUCAACUGACUCUAGCCAGAUCUGGCUACUUUUUUAGAGGGUUCACUCACGAUGAGAGGGUAUACUUUUUAUACAUUAAACUGCGGUUGACACCUCUACACCCAUAAAGCAACUUUCUUUGUCUCUUGGCUAUUCUUUUCUGUGUCCUUGAAUAGUUUCCACCACAUCUGAUGUGCACACUUUUUUGGGAGGGAAGGGGAGGUGGGCGGUGGGGUUCCGGGGGACUUUGUAUUCCAUAAAAUAUGAGAAUAAAAUAUUAUACCACA